AUGAGUUCUAGGGCACUUCGAAGAUUGGAAAGACAAAGAGAAUCGGCUACUCCCGAGGUCGAGGAGCUGGCGUCUGAUAAUGAAGUGCAAAGAAAACCAGCAGUGAAUCAAUUUGCCUUCUUGGGUGCUGAAGGCGAAGAAGAGGUUGACGAUAAUGAGGAAGAGGAGGAGACAAAGGCUGAGGAGCAAGAACCAGCCGUUCCUGAAAAAGCUUCGGCUUCGAGAAAGAAAAAUAAAAAGAAGAAUAAGAAGAAUAAGAAGCAGCAGCAGAAGGAGUCUGAGGAAGACGAUGACGACUUGGACUCUUUCUUGGAAGAAGUCAGGAAGAGAGAUCAAGCAGCUUCAAAGAGUGUAUCAGUUGAAGCAGAAGAUGCAGCCGAAGUUGAUGAUGACUUUGAAGCUGCUUAUGACGAUGAAGAUCCUCCAAUUGCUUAUACUGCUGCUAAUUACCUAUACUUCACCACAUCCAGGCUUAAACAGUCCUUACCUUUGUUAUCGGUCAAGAAUGUGAAGAACUUGGAUCCUGAUAACGAGCUUAAGAACCUUUUCGGUAAUUUGAGUCUCGAGACUAUUGAUGACGCCAAUAGUACCACGGCAUUGUCUAUAUCUCCCGAAGUCUUGGCCCAGUUCAGGAAGAUGGCUAGGCUUACAAGAGGAUGGUCCGGAAAAGACCGCAGGAGUGUUCCCGGUACAGCAAGGAAACUUUUACUCUCAACUAUCAAAGAUGAUUAUCUUCCUACCGCUCAAAAGCAGGUCAACAUGGAAGAACUUACCAAAGAAGAUGUGGUGAAUGUCUUGAGAUACAAGGAGGAGGACGAGGGCUACGCUUUUCUUAAACUGAGAGUCGAAGCUGAGUCAAAACUUGGUAUUCGUUACUUCAAAUUCCUGAAAGUUCCAUCUUCUUCUGAUAGAAUUGCCGAUGCCAAAUUCUAUGCUUCCGUUGUGUUGACGCCGGAUCCAGAUGCCUUGAUUCUGUUGCUUCAACGUCACCCGUACCAUAUUGAGGCACUUUUGCAGGUUGCCAUGGUGUUCCUCAGACAAGGCAACAACAAAGCAACUAGUAAUGCAUUGGUCGAGAAAUGUCUCUUCGUAUUUGACCGUUCUUUCAACAAAAGGUUCCACGAGUUAUUGCAAGAUGGAAGAUCUGAGCUUAUCAGGCUACCUUACGAAACAUUCACGAACAGACAGUUCUACCUAUGUCUCUUCCGUAUUAUCACUGGUAUGGCUGAGCGUUCCACAUUUUUGACUGCCUUGAACUACUGUAAGCUUUUGUGGGGAUUGUCGCCAGACAGUGAUCCUUUGGGCGUCCGCUACUUUGUUGAUCAUUAUGCUAUUCUUAGCGAAGAGUACGAAUGGCUUGUUAAUGUCGCAAACAGUCCGCUUAUUACUACUUACAGUUACUGGUAUACCCCAGGCAUUGCAUUUUCCGAAGUGUUGGCGUUGCUUCACUUGGACAGAAAGGAGGAGGCAAAGAAGAGCUUGCGUAAGGCGUUUAGUGCACAUACAUACUGUGCCUACAACUUGCUCGAGACGAUCGGAUUGGCUUCUAAUCUUCCAUCGCUGAGCGACAUCUCGAAGGGAGACUACAUUGCUCUUUCUAGUGAAACAUACCUCGUGAGAGCACCAUUGCUUUGGAAGGAGCAGCUGCAUAGACAAUUCUUACACGAUGAGUUACAGGCAUUGUUCCAAGAGCAUAAACUGCUGGGUGCCGGUUCAUGGUUAGGUAAACUCUUCCCGCUGAAGCCGGAUGACUCCUAUAUCCCAAUCAACCUCAUAAGAUUUGCCAUUUUGUCCGGAGAGAACAAAGUGCUUGCAAAGGUUCCAGAGAAGAUCUUUGAUAGGGACGAUGUAUUGGAGUACGACGUUCUUCCGCCUCGUGACGAAACUGUCUCCUACAACGCCAUGACCGGCGUCGAGAAGUACGACGGAGUGACGGAUACAUUGUCACAUCAUCUCGACCCUUCGGUGUUGGAGUCACUUAUCCAAAACCAAAGUGGAGCUCAAAUGCUACUUGAUUUGUUGGACAUGGAACCAACAGAGCCCCAAGAGGGAGAGUGA